AUUACUCAUAAAUAUAAAGUCUUGUAUAGGGCUUUUAAAUACUAAUAAAAAAAAUACAGAGCUUAUAUAAAUAGCUUGUGUAGCAUCCUCAAUAAUCACUACCAUUCAUCAUCUGCUACAAAUUUAAUAACAAGUGUCACUAUGAUGAGAAUGGCUCUAUCAAGGAGGCUCAAAGGUUACUCAAAGAUGGAAAAGGAAGACUCAGAAGAUAGAAAACACAGACAAGCACAAUUCUUAAUAUACAAAGUAUUAGAUAAAGUUGAUUCUCGUAGAAAGCCAUCAUCUUUGAGGAUCAGAAUAUUCAAGCUGAAGAUUAAAAUAGGGAACAACUGUAGGAGGAUGAAGAAGAAAUUUUUUCUUAGGUGUCACAGUGUUUUGGAUCAUGUGAAAACAUUGAAGCAAAUGUUGGUGAUUAAUUAAAUGCUUUUCUACCCUUUUGCUCAAAUGAUUCCUGUUGUACUUCUUGGUUUCUUUGCUAUAUGCUAUUAUUUUUGUGUGGUAAUUUCUUUGUUUUAUCUUAGUUUAUGCAUUUUCUUUGGAACUUCUCUUUCCUGCACUUUAACAGAAAACUAUUUUUAGUGGAAAUUAUUAUAGCCUUUAGCAACAAUUACAAUAUAGAUAACCACCAAAACUAUUAUUUCAAUUGUGUAUUCAAUGUCGCUAAAAGUUUUAUACUACUGCAUAAACACUAUUUACAUAAGUUAAAAUAAUUUUCACAUUGAUUAAGCAAUUGAUGUGGAAUCUCUUGUUAUAGAAUGUGAAAACUCUUCACAUCAGUUAAAAUUACAACAAUGUUCAAAUCAAUGAUAAAAAAAAGCCAACAAAUAUUUGCGAUCAACUUGUACACUACGACAGGGCCGGCACAUACUCUGUGUAGGCUGAGCCACCGUACAUGACCCCAAAAUUUUGAGGAUUCCAAAAUAUUAGUUAUAUAUUGUUAAAAUUUACAAAUUAUUAGAUGUUUUGCAACGGUCCAUUAGCAGAAUGCAAUGUUUUAAUGCAAUAGAAUUUGCACUUCAAUGAAUUUGCACUUCAAUAGUGACCCGCAACAUUAACAACCACAAUUGAUCAACUAAUUAGAUCAAAUGAUGCAAAUUGACAUAUGUUUGUCGCCGCAAAUUAUAAAUCGGUGGCGAGUUGCACAAACCGCCACCGAAUACCCGUCCCGGUUGGCCUAAUAUUUUGUUUUGAUAUUUCAAUGUAUUUCUCAAUUUUGAUAAGCCUAUAUCCUCAAUCACUCAAAAUGGUUGAAUUAGAAUGCACAAGCACUCAACAUUAACCAACUUGUACAUGCAACUAUAACUACAACUACAACUACUUGAUAGUUAGCUAGCCACCAUUCAAAGUUACCACCAUCACACAUAUACUAUCAAAUAUUUAUUCCCAAUAUUGAUAUAAAUGUUGUCAUUUCCUUUUAUUCCCAUUUAUCACCACACACGCACACAAUACACUCUCAUGGAAGUUUCAUGGGAACAAAGUGUCACCUAUUCUAUAAACACAAUCUACCUUCUUUUCUCUGCCUACUUAGUCUUUGUAAUGCAAUUAGGCUUUGCCAUGAUAUGUGCAGGUUCUGUGAGAGCCAAAAAUGCCAUGAACAUAAUGCUAACCAAUGUAGUUGAUGCUGUGGUAGGUAGCAUUUCCUUCUACCUUUUUGGUUUUGCAUUUGCAUAUGGUAAUUCCAACUCUUUCAUUGGUACCAAUUUGUUUGCUUUGGCUAAUAUUCCAAAUGAAAAUUAUGACUAUGGAUUCUUCCUUUAUCAAUGGGCUUUUGCUAUAGCUGUAGCUGGCAUCACUAGUGGGUCCAUAGCUGAGAGAACCCAAUUUAGUGCUUAUCUUGUUUUUUCAUUUUUUCUUACUGGGUUUGUUUACCCAGUUGUGGCCCAUUGGGUUUGGUCUUCUAGUGGUUGGCUUAGUCCCAAUUCAAGUCACUUAUUAUUGGGCUCAGGUGCCAUUGACUUUGCUGGGAGUGGAGUGGUGCAUUUGGUUGGUGCAAUUGCCGGACUCUGGGGAUCGAUUAUAGAAGGCCCACGGGUUGGGCGGUUUGACGCUUAUGGAAAGCCCGUUCCUCUCCGCGGCCACAAUGCCACACUUGUGGUUCUUGGGACGUUCUUGUUGUGGUUCGGUUGGUUCGGGUUUAACCCUGGUUCAUUUGAUCGAAUUCUCGUGCCCUACCCUGGCACGUCUGAUCAAGGUAAUUGGACUUCAGUGGGCCGGACUGCUGUGACAACCACAUUAGCAGGCUCGACCGCUGGAAUCGUCACCUUGUUCGGACGUCGGUUAUUAAUUGGUCAUUGGGAUGCAAUGGAUGUUUGCAAUGGUUUGCUUGGUGGGUUUGUUGCCAUCACCUCUGGGUGCUCAGUUGUUGAGCCAUGGGCCGCUAUUCUAUGCGGAUUCGUCGCAGCUUGGGUAUUGAUUGGGCUCAAUAUCUUGGCACUAAAAUUGAACUAUGAUGACCCAUUAGAGGCAGCCCAAUUACAUGGUGGGUGUGGCACUUGGGGUUUGUUGUUUACAGGGUUGUUUGCCAAAAAGGAGUUUGUGAUUCAAGCCUAUAAUUCAGGGGUGGUAGUGAAAAGACCAUAUGGUCUUCUACUUGGUGGUGGAUGGGGAUUAAUUGGAGCUCAAAUGGUUGAGAUUUUGGUAAUUUUUUUAUGGGUUAGUAUAACAAUGGGCCCUAUGUUCUAUGCCUUGCACAAGCUCAAUUUACUUAGAAUUCAUGUGGAUGAUGAACUUGCUGGCCUUGAUAUAUCAAGCCAUGGAGGCUAUGCUUAUGCUGCUCAAGAGGAUCAUCAACCUCGAUCUUAUAAAGAUUAUAUGCGAAUGCAAGAUGACCAAUCAUAGUUUGGUUUAAUUUAGUGUUUUGUAAUAUAUGUAGAAACAACUAGACUUUGUAUAGCACUUAUUUAUUUGAUUCAAUCCUCUUUAUUUCUAAAACAAAACAGAGAUAUCUAUUACUAUA